AGAUAGCGUCAUCAUGAUCAACAGACGGCUUAUUUGAGGCAAAUGUGCCCAUCGGACGAAUAACGAGUUGGUCCGCUGCUGCUCUUCCCAUCCCGUCACAUCAUGGAAUAUUCAGUCCAGAGAAAACAGCCUAGCAACCGUGGAUGGUGGGCCGCAGGCGCCCUCGCGUCGCUCACGCUCUUCGCGUUCUGGAAGCUGUCUAAUGUCCAGCAACCUGCCUUCGUCAACAAAGCCGUCGUUGUGCUCAAGGGCGACUCGACGGCCACUGGGACCGUCGUGUUCACGCAGACGACGAGCGGCGGGCCGGUCACUAUCAAGGGUGAUUUGACGGGUCUGCGUGCUUCUGCGUCGCAGGGAUUCCACAUUCACCAGGCUGGAGAUCUGACCAGCGGAUGCGCGUCCGCCGGUCCUCACUUCAACCCUUUCGCCAAGAACCAUGGUGCCCCGGACGACUCUGACCGACACGUCGGCGACCUCGGAAAUAUACACACUGACCACACGGGCGGCGCGUCGUUCGAGUUCGAGGACAGCGAGAUAUCCUUGAACGGCCCUCUCAGCAUCAUCGGACGCGCUGUGGUGCUGCACGCGGACGCGGACGACCUCGGACGCGGUGGUAACCCCGAGAGCUUGAAGACGGGUAACGCGGGCGCUCGCGCCGCAUGCGGAGUGAUAGGUCUGAGCUAGAGUAUGACUUGUGUAUCACAGGCACUAGCAAAGACAUUGAGCGAAUGCUGAGCGGAUCGUGACGCGAGGGAAACCAACCUGGUAGUAGUAAGGUGGGCUGAUGGCCUUGCAUGUGAAUGGCGAGGCGCAAGUGGUGGGUCCUGUGUAUCCCGUUCCUGGAAAGUUCAUCAAGAUUGUGCUGGCGGUCUGUGUGGUAUGAGCCGCACCUCCGCACUGGCCGUAUUGGGUCUGCGU